AUGAAUGAUGACCACAAUCCGCCCAUCCCAGAGGCUCAAAUCGGUGAGUUUCAGUCCCUGAUCGACAUCGUCGCCAGGCUGCGCGCGCCGGGCGGCUGUCCAUGGGACGCCGAGCAGACCCACGAGUCGCUGAAGCGCAAUCUGCUGGAAGAAUGCUAUGAGGCAUUGGAGGCAAUCGAUAACGAGACUCCGAUGGAGCUGGCCGAGGAACUGGGGGAUAUUCUGGUGCAGGUGGCGUUUCACGCCGACAUUGCCCGACAGGCCGGCAGUUUUGAUAUCGCGGACGUGCUGACCGCCAUCAACCGCAAGUUGAUCCGAAGGCAUCCACACGUAUUCGCCGACGGCACGGCGUCCGACGCCCGGCAGGUGGAGCGGAAUUGGGAGCAACUGAAGGCCGAAGAGAGACGGCAGGCGGGAAAACCGGACCCGUCGGCGAUGGACAGCGUGCCGGUGACCCUGCCCGCAUUAACGGCGGCGCAAUUGAUCCAGGACCGGGCGGCCCGGUUUGGCUUUGAUUGGGACGAAGUGGACGGUGUACUGGACAAAAUUUCGGAGGAAAUCGCCGAAUUCCGAGCUGCCAAAACCGAAUCGGAACGAGCCGAUGAGUUCGGAGAUAUCCUGUUUGCGCUGGUGAACCUGGCUCGCUGGAGCGGCGUUCACGCCGAGGACGCAUUGAGGCAAUCGAACGGGCGGUUUCGGAACCGAUAUCGCACGAUGGAGCGGUUGGCGCGGGAGCGAGGGUUGGAGUUCAGCGCGAUGGCGUUGGAGGACAAAGAAGCGCUGUGGCAGGAAGCCAAGGCGGUGGAAAGGUCGGCGAUCUCCGGGUAA